CCGCUAGCUGGGAGCGCUGAGCCGGGAGCCGAGCGCGCCGGGCUGGGGCCGGGGCCGGAGCGGAGCGGAGCGGAGGGGGAGCGCGCCCGCCCCAGCCCCGAGUCCCGCCGCAGCGCGGGCCCAGCGGCCGCCGCCCCAGCCAUGGAGCCAGACAACAGCCCCCGGAAGAUCCAGUUCACGGUCCCGCUGCUGGAGCCGCACCUCGACCCUGAGGCGGCGGAGCAGGAUAUCACAAUUCUCCAGGACUCUGAGUGCUUAGAAAUCUUGUCCAAGGCAAGGAAACAGGUUAAGAUUCGGAGGCGCCGCCCCACCCCUGCCACCCUCGUGCUGACCAGUGACCAGUCAUCCCCAGAGAUAGAUGAAGACCGGAUCCCCAACCCACUUCUCAAGUCCACGUUGGCAAUGUCUCCACGGCAACGGAAAAAGAUGACAAGGACCACACCCACAAUGAAAGAGCUCCAGAUGAUGGUUGAACAUCACCUGGGGCAACAGCAGCAAGGAGAGGAGCCUGAGGGAGCCGCUGAGAGCACAGGGACCCAAGAGUCCUGCCCACCUGGGAUCACAGACACAGAAGUGGAGUCAAGGCUGGGCACCUCUGGGACAGCACAAAAGCCUGCAGAAUCCACCCCUAAAACUCAGGAGAGAGGCACUGAGGAACCCAGCACAGAGGAACCCUCAACUCACAUACCACCACUGGAUUCCCAGGGAGCCAAUUUGGUCUGACAGAGAAGGAGGUAUCCUGGAAUCAAAACUGCAGUUUGGGAAUGCAUAGACACUGGAUUUCUUUCUUAUUUCUUCACUUUGGGGGGAAAUGUCGUUUUUAAAAAGUGAUAAAUUUGAUGUUAGGUCUU